AGGCUGAUAAUGCACGAUUGUAUUGUUUCCAAGAUCUAAAGGAACGGAGAGUAGACAUGAUGUGCGAGAAGGGACUACCUACAAAUAGUGGAAGAUGGAUCAAGCCCAGCCUAAAUAUUGCAAUUGAAAAAUGCUGCGACUUUAAAGGUAAAACAGUUAACACCUAUACAACUAAUUUUAACCCGGGCAUACGCAGUAAACCAUUGUUUUACCCAAGUAAUGUGUAUGUUGUGGUAUUUGCUUACUAUCUAGAGAAUACACCUAACUAAACAUCCUGGCUUAAUCAAUUGUAAAUUUUGGAACGAGACAAAAAGUAUUUCUAAUAAGGAACAACUUUCAAAGUAGGUUUGUAUAUUCAUGUUAUAAACAGAAUACACAUGAACGUGUCUUGAAUUAUCCAUUUGUCCAGGUGAGGAUCGUUAUGACUGCUUCAAUGACACCAAACAAGAAUGGAAGGCUAACGCUAAAAUGACUAACACUCGAUGGAGAAAGGAGAGUUCUGACAAGUACUCGAAAGAAUCUGAAGACUCACUAACAUCCAGAUCAUCAUCUAGGUCAUCAUCAGCAGAAUCCUCAUCAGAAAUAUCAGCAACCUCCGACGAAGAACUUGAUAAUGCCAUUGACGUUGUGGUGGAUGAUAUUGAUGAACUGGAAUUCUCCGAGGAUGAACUAACGAUGGAUGAUUUAAAAGAAGCAGAAUAUGACACAGUUGAUGAACUUAAUGAAAGUGUUGGGGCCACUGAUGGCAUGAGACGAAAACAUAAUCACCACCCAAGACAAAGAGGAAGAGGAAUGG